AUGACAAUCAACACUCCUACCCUUCCUAUCUUGCUGUAUGUUUUCUUGAUUGGAGUUGGGUACGGCGGCAUGUUAUCUGUUGCACUUCUGGUGACUGUAGCAGCCGUAUCACACAAUGAGCAGGCCGUUGCUACCUCGGCCAACUACGCGUUCCGAUCGACGGGCUCUACUAUUGGGGUCACAAUCGCCUCGACAGUCUAUCAGAACUUGCUCCAAAAGGGACUACAUAAACGUUUCGAUGACCGCGAGGGAUCUGCGGAUGUUAUAAAACGAACCCUUGACUCACUAGAUGAACUGAAGCAUCUCCCUCAGGGGUGGAAUGAAGGUGUAUAUGAGGCAUAUACCGUUACACUGCGGGGAGUAUUCCUGACUGGGCUAGGAUUUGCCACGCUGGGCUUGAUAGCAGCUACAUAG